AUGGCCGGACUCACGGUUCUGGAUGUUCGCCAAUCAAGCACGGAGGAGAGUAUCCGCGACAAGAUCAUCGAAGGGAUGUGCAAGGAGAAAAAAGAGCUCACAAGUCUCAUAGUAUGCAGCGCAGAAGGCCUACGGCACUGGGACCGUCACUCCGCCGACACAGACUACUACAUACGACACGAGGAACUGGGCAUCUUCAAAAGCAAAGCGAACGAGAUAGCGAGCAGCAUCCCAGAUGGUGGCGUGGUGGUGGAAUCUGGAAGCGGAACCCUGGAAAAUGUCAUCCCGAUGCUAGAGGCACUUGAGCACCAGGAGAAGAACGUUACCUACUACGCGUUAGAUGUCAGUCACUCGGAGAUUGCCUCAUCGCUGGAAGUGAUCCCAACGGAGACAUACAAACAUGUGCGGUUCGGGGGACUGUAUGGCACCUUUGACGAUGCUCUGCGGUGGCUGGAGGAAGAUCCCGCGGUUCGAGACUUGCCUCAUUGCGUUCUGUUCCUGGGCUCGAGUAUUGGGAGCUUUUCGAAGUCGGACGCAGCUAGAUUUCUGCGCAGUAUCGCGACCCAUGCGCUGAAGUCUCCGAAUAGCUCUGUCUUGGUCGGGAUUGACGGAUGCAAGGAGCCUCUGAAGGUGUUGCGGGCGUAUACGGCCGAUGGAGCCCGAGGCUUCCUGAUGUCCGGAAUGGAUCAUGCAAAUGCUAUUCUUCGAGAAGGACACAGCGAGGAUGAGACUGGUUCGGUUCCUCCGACAUUCGAUCCGGAAAAAUGGUACUAUCUGACGCGGUGGAACCGUCACCUUGGUCGGCAGGAGGGCUCAUACUUUCCGAGAUCAGACGACGUUCGACUGGGCCCGCCUUUGGAGCAUAUAGUGGUCAAAAAAGACGAAUUGGUCCAGGUUGCUGUGAGUCAGAAGUAUGGUCACCAGGAAAGAAAGCAGCUGUUUGACGAGGCCGGGCUCCAGGAGGUGGCCUCUUGGUCGAAUGAGGGCUGUGAUGGAGGCCAGUACAUCUCGCCAUAUGCGGUGCUCUAUAGACUCCAACCAACGAAUCUAUAGAAUUACACCUACCGAUGCAAGCUCUGAAUUGGAAAAUCGUCGACUGGGUAUUUCGAGGAGAUUUCGUUUCGGG